AUGCCCAGGUCUCCAUAUCUCCUAUCUCCAAUCUCCAAAAUGGCCUACAAGUUCGAAGGAUGGAUGGGCCUCGACGCCAGCUCCGGCGAAGGCAACAUGGUCUGGCAAGAAUUCCAGCCUAAAGCCUGGGAAGAAACCGACAUCGACAUCAAGAUCUCCCACUGUGGCAUCUGUGGCUCGGAUCUGCACACUCUGCGCAGUGGCUGGCGCCCAGCAACCUACCCCUGCUGCGUAGGCCACGAAAUCGUCGGCACUGCCGCGCGCGUAGGAAGCCAAGUCCCCGACAUCAAAGUCGGUGACCGCGUCGGCGUCGGCGCGCAAAGCGACUCAUGCCGUAACCGCUUCGGCAACUGCGAGGAGUGCGCGGCCGGAAAAGAGAACUACUGUUCCAAGAAAGUCGUCGGCACCUACAACAGCAUCCACUAUGAUGGAGGCAACUCCUACGGCGGAUACGCGACGUAUAACCGGGUUCCUGGACACUUCGCCAUCAAGAUCCCCGAUGGGAUUCCGUCUGCGGAUGCAGCGCCCAUGCUGUGUGGUGGUGCGACGCUGUACAGUCCGUUGAAGCUUAAUGGGUGCGGACCGGGCAAGAAGGUUGGUAUUAUUGGUGUUGGGGGAUUGGGGCAUUUCGGACUCCUGUUUGCGAAGGCAAUGGGCGCGGAUAAGGUGGUUGCGAUUUCGCGGAAGGUGGGCAAGAAGGAGGAUUCGUUGAAGAUGGGGGCGGAUUUGUAUAUUGCGACUGAUGAUGAGCCUGAGUGGGCGGUUGAGAAUGCGAGGUCGUUGGAUUUGAUUGUUUCGACGGUGUCGUCUACCAAGAUGCCCUUCAAUGAUUACCUCGGUCUGCUGAAGACUGGUGGCACCUUCGUGCAGGUUGGUUUGCCUGAGGAUGGGGGUCUUUUCGCUCCGGUUCGCAGCUUGAUGCGCCAGAUUAGUCUGCAGAGCUCGCUGGUUGCUAGUCCCUCUGAGAUCCGGGAGAUGUUUGAGCUGGUGGCCGAGAAGGGCAUUCACCCUUGGGUGGAGGAGAUCCCGAUGAAGGACGCCAACAAGGCCAUUGUCGAUAUGGAGGAUGGCAAGGCCCGUUACCGUUAUGUCCUUGCCAAUUAA